AGUGGCAUUCUCUUUCCUCUUUCGUUCUUUUCUUGGUUGCCUCGUGCGCUUAUCGACCACAUAAACCACUUGACUUACACGGCUGCUUUUCUAUUAGACCUCCCCGCUUUCUCUGCCUUCACAGCUCUCAAGCGCACACGCACACACACUCUCCCUUUCCAACCCAAUCCCUCUUCCCCCAGUUCAUCAUGGCUGCUCCGUCUGCUGCGAUCAAGAAGGCCUCCGCGAAGAAGGCCGGCUCCCGCAAGGUAGCGCACAAGGCGGCGGCGAAGAAGGCCGCGCCGAAGAAGGGCGGAGCGAAGAAGGCCGCCCACAAGAAGCCUGCGAAGAAGGCCGCGAAGAAGGCCGUGAAGAGGGCGGCGCCGAAGAAGGCCGGCCACAAGAAGCCGGCGAAGAAGGCGGCGAAGAAGUAA